AUGCAGGUCGACAAUGCCAUCUCGCCGACCUACGUCUCCAUCCACAACCAAUAUGCCACCUACAACAACAUCUUGACCUCUUCCGUCUCGUCCGCCAACUCGACUUGGUCUGACACGGCUUCUCAAUCUUCUGAUGACACCUCUGUUUCGUCUACUUCCGACUCCGACUCUUGCGACCCCUACCACCGCACCACCCACGCCCUGCCUGCCCAGACGGUCAACUAUCGAUGUGCUCCCACCAAGGCCCUCAUUUCUGAGCCUCUCCCCAAGGAGCUGCGCCAGAACCCACGCCGCUCCGGCUCUGGGUUGCGCGCUCGAGGCGCCUGCCUUCCCUCGCUUGUCCGACAGUGUGACCGCAAGGUCAACUUUGUCGACUCUCUUGUUGACUCGUCGACACAAAUCGUCGAGGCAAUUUGGCCCCUUUCCUCGGCAGCAUGCCGUUCCGAGCUCGGUAGCAAGGCAGUCUUGCCUCUGCGCACCUUUAUUCAAGAGACUCUGCGCCGCUCGCGCACCAGCUACUCGACUCUCCAGGUCGCUCUGUAUUAUCUUGUUCUCAUCAAACCCCAUGUUCCCAAGUACAAUUUCACCAUGGAGCAGCCUGAGGAUCGCCAUGCUGACCGCGCCCUCCAAUGCGGUCGCCGCAUGUUCCUCGCUGCCUUGAUUCUCGCUUCCAAGUACCUCCAGGACCGCAACUACUCCGCUCGGGCCUGGAGCAAGAUUUCUGGCCUCAACACCAAUGAGAUCAAUCAGAACGAAAUUUCUUUCCUCCUCGCUGUCAACUGGAAGCUGCAUAUUGCGGAAGAUGUUUUCCAGCGCUGGACUGAGAUUGUUCUCAAGUACACCCCUCCUCCCUCGCCCCCCUCGCCCGGCCCGACCCAAGCCGUGUCCCAGCAGAGUAUCGAGUGGAGGAAUCUGAUUCUUAGACUCAACCCGGAACUGACCAACAUUGAUGGUCUACUCCCCCACGCGAGCCCUAAGCGCAGUGAUCUCUGCGCUCUCUCUCCCCGCAGUAUCCUCAACCCUCCUACGAGUGCUGCUCUCAUCGCUGCCGUCGAUGCUACCCCCAAGGCUUUCACCUCCGCUCCCGUAGCGGCUGCGGAGCCUAUGGACGCCCCUGCCUACUUUGCCGGCCGCCCUGCCCCUGCUCUUGGUCUUCUUCCAACUCCUCGUCUGACCCCUCGGACUAAUGGUCUCUGCACUCCUGCCGUGAGUGUGGGCUCCUACAAGAAACCUAGCGCCAUGUGCCUGGCCAUGGCCCAAGCCAGCUCGGUCACUAGCACGCACCACCUCGACCGCCUUCCCAGCUCGGUGACCUCGUCUCCUCAGAGCUACUGCGUGCCUCGCCGCUCUUCCCUAGCCAACUCUGUCUCCACAGCCUCAUCUCCCGAGUCCAUGAUUUCGGAUGUCUCUCGGUCUUCCCGCUCCUCUUCCAUUUCGUCCGUCUCGUCCCUCGCUAGCGCGACCCUCAACUCCAAGUUGAUGGCUUCGUCGCGAUUCCGUGCGGCCAAGGCGAUGAAUGAGAGAACCUGCCAGAAGCCGACUGUUCCCUCCGUUCCCGAAGACUUUGAUGAGCAAACCUUUUCGUCGUCGCCCGAAUCGCACACCGGCCCGGUUGCGAAGCUUGGCGGCCUGUGCCUCGAUACCCCUAUGGCCAGUCGCGAAGAGAACCUCGAAGAGAUGGCUAGAGACCCCGUCUGCGAUGCCGCCCGCGCUCUGCAGGACCUCCACCACCAGGAUCUGCACUCUGCUGACUCUACGCCUAUUGCUCGCGUGAGCCGCAAGCGCACCCGUCCUGCGCUCAUGGACGACUGCCUCCAGGAGAAUGUCCGCCACCUCCUACAUGGCGCCUACCCCACCCCCGAAGUUUCAUGGAACAUGGCUUCUACCCACAAAAGAGCGUGCUGCUCUACUGAAGCCGUCACAGGCUUCCAGACUACCAAUGCUCGCUCAGUCCUUGAUCGGGGUACGGGUAUCUGGGAGGGCAUUUUGAACUAG